GGUAGGAUGCAUGGGCAGGCCGUGUGAACUUAGAUGUGAAGUCAGUGAAAGGCCUUGGCCAAAAUGGCCCAAACUUGUGAAUCCUCUGAGCAGAGUUCACACCUCCAGAAUCCCAGACAGCCAGGAAGGUGUGAACCCUCUUGAUGAGUAGCCACCCCUCCAGAAGGGGAGCACUGGUUCCCACUGAAGCCCUGCCCUCUAAAACUGUGAUUGGCCCCUGUGAAGAGGGGAGGGGACAAGAAAGCACCAUAAAAAGCCAAGGAUCCUGGGACUUGAGUCACUCUUGUGGAGCUACUCUCCUGACUGGAGAGAGAGGGAGCUGAGCUAGAGACUGAGGCUGGGAGCUCUGUUCCGACUUGGACUUUGACUCCUGGGCUACUUUUUAGUGGGGUGAGGGAAAGGCUGACUCCUCUCCUAGUUUCUGGAGAGAGCUCGCUUCCAUCUUGGAGGAGUCCUCCUGAUUAAAUCUCUCACCCAGGAAGGCCAGUAGUGAGUAAUCUCGGCCUGGAUUGAGAGAGGAGAAAUCACUUUUCUAUCCCCUGUACAUUUUCCUACUUUAUUGUCUCCUCUCUCUUUGGUAAAGAAACUUCUGAGUUGAGAUAGAAUAGGCCACGGCGGCCGACUCGAGUGUCGGACUUGUGACCAGCCUUUCUUCUUGUGAGCUGCCGCCCGGCGCGGGCGUGGAAGCCGUGGUCGGGUCUGUGCGGGAAGCGGUGAUGGCGUCAGAGGGCCGCUGCUGGGAGGCCCUGCAGGCCCCGAGGAGCUCCGACAGAGGACCCUUGUCCUACCACCGCGACUGGCCGUUGAGGGGCCAGGAGACUUUGGAAGAACGCAUGUCCAUUCCUGAGUGGUCGACUUCCUCUGGAUGCGUGGCGGACCACAUCUUGCCUCCCUCUCAGCAGAAUCGACUUCCCUCUGAGGAUUCAUCGCUCUCUUCUGCUCCUGACCAAGUACUGUCUGUUCCUCAGACCCCUGCCAGACAUGCAAAGGUCUCCUCGCCAGUUUCCCUUGCAGCUCCAAGUGGAACUCGGCGUCAGGAGGAUGAACUCCAUCAGGCAAAAUCUGUGGUACUUCGCCCCUCGCGGGGAACGGAGGUGGAAGGAUGCAUUCGAUUGUAUGAGGAGGUACACAGGCUGAAGGGAACUAGAGGACUGAGGCAGAGGCAGGAAGAGCAUGAGAGGAAGGCAAGGCUCCUCUCUGACAUGGCCUCAGAGCAGCUGAAGCGGUUUGAUGAACGAACGUCACGGAAACAGCACAAGGAGUAUCAGGACCUUCGGGAAGGGAUGGAGAAAAGUUUCCGAGAAACACAGGGUCAGCAGGAGCAGCUCCAAGAGGAACAUCGUCACAGAGCCCACAUGCUCCACCCGAAGCUGCGUGAGGCUGAGCAGCAGCCAUCGAGGCACACGGGGCAAGGACGGCUCAGGAAAGAAGAAGGCCAGGAUCGCUGGCGGCGUCUCUAUGCCCUCCAAGAGGAGGCACUGCAGCUCAACCAGCAGCUGGGUGCCAGUUAUCGGCACAACGGCCUACCGAGACGGGAUCUGUCUGCAUUUGGAGGCAGGGGAGACCAGUUGUGUGCGCUUAUUUCAGACAUCAUUCGGAGCGCCAGUGAGAGAGGUUUUCCUGCCUCAGAAGAUGAAGCCACCGCAGAACGGGCCCUGCAGGAAAUGCGGCACGUGCUUACUGGUUUACAGCAGGAGAUGGCCAAGGCUACUGAGGAAAAGAGGAGGCCAGAUGAAGAGGAGUGCGAGGACAAACAGGGGCAAUUGGAGCAGCGGCCGAGAGCCGAGAAGGAGACCCCAGAUCCUGGUCAGUGUCCCGGAGGGAAACAGAGAGAAGGCCUCCAUGUCAAAGCAGGAGACGGUACCAUGCAGUGGUACCAGCAGCUACAGGAUGCUGCCAAUCAAUGUGUCUUGGCUUUUGAUGCAUUAACCAAUAGCAAAGAUCAGGAGGCCAAGAAGAUCAAAAUGGACCUGCAGAAAGCUGCCACUAUUCCUGUGAGCCAGAUCUCUACAAUAGCAGGCUCACAGCUGAAGGAGAUCUUUGACAAGAUCAACAAUCUGCUCUUGGGGAAAGCUGUCCCCUGCGGUGGUCGGUCUGUGUCAGUGACAAACCACCAACAAGGCCUGGACUUUGUCCACUACAAGCUGGCAGAGAAAUUCGUGAAACAAGGAGAAGAAGAAGUGGCUUCUCAUCACGAAGCAGCAUUCCCCAUUGCUGCUGUGGCAUCCGGAAUCUGGGAACUCCAUCCCAGAGUGGGGGAACUCAUCCUUGCUCAUCUUCACAAAAAAUGCCCUUACUCCGUGCCUUUCUACCCAGCCUUCCAGGAGGGCAUGGCCUCGGAAGAAUAUCAGAAGCUCCUUGGCUACCAAGUCAAGGAUUCCAAAGUAGAACAACAAGAUAGCUUUCUGAAGAGGAUGUCUGGCAUGAUUCGUCUCUACGCUGCUAUCAUUCAACUCCGCUGGCCUUAUGCAGAGAGACAAGGGGCUCAUCCUCAUGGCUUAAACCAUGGCUGGCGCUGGCUGGCACAGCUCCUGAACAUGGAGCCUCUGGCAGAUGUGACCGCCACUCUUCUCUUUGACUUCUUAGAGGUAUGUGGGAAUGCGCUCAUGAAACAGUACCAGCUUCAGUUCUGGAAGAUGAUGCUACUCAUAAAGGAAGAAUAUUUUCCCCGAAUUGAAGCCAUCACCAGUUCAGGACAGAUGGGGUCUUUGAUACGUCUCGAACGGUUCCUGGAGAACUGUCUGCAGCAAGGGGAGAUCCCCGUCCCAAAGGGCUCCCUGCCGCCUUCUUUCUGGCUUUCCUGA